UGAACACACAGACGCAGAAAGGGAGAGAAGCAGAGAGAGAGAGAGAGACAGAGAGACUUGGAGGGAGGGAGAGACACAGGCACUCCGUCUGAAGACUGAAGCCCCGUCCUGGAGAAAUGAAAGGGGAGAAAAAAAGAAAAGAGAUGGUGGAUUACAUCUGUCAGUACCUGAGCACCGUGCGGGAGCGGCGUGUGACUCCGGACGUCCGGCCUGGUUAUUUGCGAGCCCAGCUGCCUGACAGUGCGCCCGAAGAACCUGACAGCUGGGACAGCAUCUUUGGGGACAUCGAGCGAAUCAUUAUGCCUGGGGUGGUACACUGGCAAAGUCCCCACAUGCACGCCUACUACCCAGCCCUCACCUCUUGGCCAUCACUGCUGGGGGACAUGCUGGCCGAUGCCAUCAACUGCUUGGGAUUCACCUGGGCCUCCAGCCCUGCAUGCACGGAGCUGGAGAUGAACGUCAUGGACUGGCUGGCGAAAAUGCUGGGACUCCCGGAGCACUUUCUGCACCACCACCCCGGCAGCCAGGGAGGAGGCGUCCUGCAGAGCACAGUGAGUGAGUCCACCUUGAUCGCCUUGCUGGCAGCAAGGAAGGACAAAAUCCUGGAAAUGAAAGCAUCUGAACCCGGGACAGAUGAGUCCUCCCUGAAUGCCCGGCUCAUUGCCUAUGCCUCUGACCAGGCUCACUCCUCAGUGGAGAAAGCUGGUUUGAUUUCCCUGGUGAAGAUGAAGUUUCUGCCUGUGGAUGACAACUUCUCACUCCGAGGGGAAGCUCUUCAGAAAGCCAUCAAGGAGGACAAGGAACGGGGCUUGGUGCCUGUUUUUGUGUGUGCAACACUGGGGACCACUGGGGUCUGUGCAUUUGACUGCCUGUCAGAGCUGGGCCCCAUCUGUGCCAGUGAGGGACUGUGGCUCCACAUCGAUGCUGCCUACGCAGGCACUGCCUUCCUGUGCCCUGAGUUCCGGGGGUUUCUGAAGGGCAUCGAGUAUGCCAAUUCCUUCACCUUUAAUCCUUCCAAGUGGAUGAUGGUGCAUUUUGACUGUACUGGCUUCUGGGUCAAGGACAAGUACAAGCUGCAGCAGACCUUCAGCGUGAACCCCAUCUACCUCAGGCAUGCCAACUCAGGCAUGGCCACUGACUUCAUGCACUGGCAGAUCCCCCUGAGCCGCCGGUUUCGGUCUAUCAAACUCUGGUUCGUGAUUCGGUCCUUUGGUGUGAAGAAUCUUCAAGCUCACGUCAGACAUGGCACUGAAAUGGCAAAAUAUUUUGAGUCUCUGGUCAGGAAUGACCCUUCCUUUGAAAUUCCUGCCAAGAGGCACCUUGGCCUGGUGGUUUUUCGUCUAAAGGGUCCUAAUUGUCUCACAGAAAGUGUAUUAAAGGAAAUAGCUAAAGCUGGCCGUCUCUUCCUCAUCCCGGCCACUAUCCAGGACAAACUGAUCAUCCGUUUCACUGUGACAUCCCAGUUCACCACCAGAGAGGACAUCCUGAGAGACUGGAAUCUCAUUCAAGAUGCUGCUACUCUCGUCCUGAGUCAGCACUGUACUUCCCAACCUAGCCCUCAGGUUGGGAACCUCAUCCCCCAAACCACAGGCCCCAGAGCCUUGGCCAAUGGAAUGUCCCUUCAGUCUUCCAAUGGGGCGGGCUCUGUCCCAGCGCAGGCCAGGAAGAUCAUCAAGCAGCCUCAGCGUGUAGGAGCGAGUCCUAUGAAAAGGGAAGACAGCUGCCAUCUUGAAACGCUCCUGGACCCACUUGAUGAUGACUGCUUUUCCGAAGAGGCUCCAGACGUCACCAAGCACAAGCUGUCCUCCUUCCUGUUCAAUUACUUGUCCGUGCAAAAUAAGAAGAAGGCAGUGCGUUCCUUCAGUUGCAACAGCAUGCCUGUGAGUGUUCAGAAGCUGCCGCCCACGGAUGGCUCUGUGAAGAAUGGUGGCUCCUCUAGGGCCAGAAUCUUCUCUAGGUUCCCAGAAGAGAUGAUGAUGCUGAAGAAAAGUGCCUUCAAAAAACUCAUCAAGUUUUACAGUGUCCCAAGCUUUCCUGAAUGUAGCUCUCAGUGUGGGCUCCAGUUACCCUGUUGCCCUCUGCAGGCAAUGGUUUAGUUUAGACCAGGGGUUUCAGCCCGAAUCCAAGAAUGUGUUUCAGACGAUUGCUGAGCCCUUCAAAAUUAUAUGCUGAAUUUGUGCGCUUAUGUGUAUGUGCAUUUUUCUUAAGAGAGAGCCCAUCAUUUUAUCAGAUUCUCACAGAGGUUCGUGACCCAUGAUACGAUACAAAUGGGGGAGCUUAACCCAGCAUGGUACUUCUAGAAGGUCCCAGCCAUCUGGUCAGAGCGAAAGGACCCCAGGAAGGGUACUGACAGGCACCUUCUGUGGUUCAGCUUGUGAUAUGAGAUACAAUGUAGAAAUAAAUUGUACUUGUCCCUGAAAAAAUAUCCUGUGUGACUUAAUUGACCACUGAGACAUUGGCAAAUUCAUCAGAGCUCAUCCUGGAGCCUUAAUGUAUGUGCUUACAGAGUCUACUUUUCAGGAUGUUGAAGAUGUGGAUUUAACUCUCAAAGAAUGACUUUGGAGGAGCACUUGGUAUGAAGAAGGCAGGCAGUCUGAAUCAGGCACUGUGACUCACGGUUUAUAAAUGAGGAGACUGAGGCCCCAGGUCACAAAAGCUUGUAAAUGGGCAAAGCCAGGUCUCCUUGUCUUCAAUAAAGCCCAUGCCAUUUCCAUCGUGCCAUAACUGAUCAGAAACUCAUGGUCCAGCAGCACCCCCCAGUCCUUCAGUACAUUUCAAGGUUCCCUCUUUAAAAUAAAUAAAAUAU